CCGUUAUACCGGGAGCUGAAAUCGGGGCAUUAUGGAGGUUAGGAAGGCCAUUUGUGUCCUGAAGGGUCCCAGUUCCGCCACUGGUACAAUUUGUUUGAGAACAGCCGAAGGUGGACACUCGACUUGCAUAAAUGGAGAAAUUACUGGAUUGACUCCUGGAAAACAUGGAUUUCAUGUGCACACGUUUGGAGACAUAUCGAAAGGCUGUGGCAGUGCUGGACCUCAUUACAACCCCUGUAAUGAAACUCAUGGAGCACCAGAAGACAAAAAAAGACAUGUAGGCGACCUGGGCAACAUAGAAGCUGAUGAAAAUGGAGUAGCCUGUGUUGAAAUGGAAGACCGACUUAUUCGCCUAGCUGGAAAGUAUUCUGUUAUUGGACGUACUUUGGUGGUUAAUGAAAAGGAAGAUGAUCUGGGCAAAGGUGGUGACAACGAAAGUCUUGAAUCAGGAAACCAUGGAGCAGGUGUAGCCUGGGGUAUAAUUGGAAUAGAUGAAGACCCCAAGUAAAUAUUUAGCAAAGAAUUCUGGUUAGAGACACGAUACUGAUCUCAUAGACCUAAAACUCUAGUCAUUGUUAUAGAUCGCAAUUGCAUAAUUUUGUAUUGUUUCCAACAACGUGCAUGCACUUAUAAACUGUAUGUCAGGAACUUAAUCUUUAGGGCCUGUUUUUAAAAGUCCAAAUGUUACCUCUAAAGUUGGGGCUAACUUGAACAUGCUUUUUGUUGCUUUGAGCAUUUUUAAUUUUUUUCUUUAAACAUUGAAUACUGAUAUCAAAGGAUGACUUGGAUGAGUUAUUGAGUCCAGCACUUCAAGAGAUCUGAAUUGAUAUAUUUCUAAAACUGAAGUGACCUAGGUUAAUAAUGGUAUCAAUGAGUAAUUUAAAUAUACUGUCAGAAAUAAGUGACUUCCAAACCAGUCGCUCAGCAUUGAGGAUUCACUGGAAAAUAAAAAGUCAACACAGUUUAAUCAUAAUUAUUUCUAAUUAUUUUUAAGAGGUGGUGAUACAUCCUAUUAAAUCAAUUUGGAAAAGCCAUGUAUAAUUCAUUGUAUUUCUUAAACUAAUAUUACAGUGUUUACCAAGCAUUUAACAGUAUUGUAUUUAAAAAUGUAAACUUUUUUAAAAGUGAAAGUUCAACAGUGCCUACUAUUUCCCCAUAUAAGCCAAAAUUAAAGUUCAUCAAUAGACUUCAAGCCACAUGACAGUAAUUUAGAUGUGUGAUUGUAACAAUUCUUUUCUCAGAUUAUUAGCUUUCCCUGCAACUUUUGUUUCCAAACCUUUUACUGGGCUGUGAAGUGAACAUAAAUUACUUUUUAGUUUUGAUGACUGUUGUCAAUUUGAAUACUUUCUUCCUGCCUUUGUCAUAAAUUAUGUUAAUCAACAAAGCUUAAUGCAAUUAUUUUACAUUCUGGUACAUUACUUUUACAUAACUGUUGGAUCUGGGGACCAUCUGGCUAGGUGAUAACUUGGUAAAAUAUGAACUUAAAGUAGAAUUUCCGGUGAAGGUGGUCUGAUGGUUAAUGAUGAGCUCCAGAUGCAAAAG